CCCAACACAAACAAGAACCGGAAGCACACUGCAACUCCCAUAAUACAACCCAUCCAGCGACACAGGGAGCGGGUAGCCCUCGGCGACGGAAGCUACAAGCGGCUGGUCAGCGUGGCGGACUACGACGAACUUAGCUCGUUUCCACCAGAACUAUUCGGUGCAUUCGAGAACAGCACCGAGCUCGAAUGUCUGCUCCGAGCGCACCAGGAUGCACAGUCCGAGACGCUGUUCGAUGGAUGUCCGGUGGACUUUGACCGGGUCCUGUGCUGGCCGAAAACGGACCCCGGUACCUGGGCAGUGCUUCCAUGCUUCGAGGAGUUCAAAGGCGUCCAUUACGAUGUGACAAAGAAUGCCACCCGCUACUGUCAUCCGAAUGGUAGGUGGGACAACUACAGCCACUAUGCCGCCUGCCACCAUGUGAACGAACCACCGCCGGACAUUGUGGAAAUUUCGUCCAUCAUCUACUACACCGGCUACAUCAUCAGCCUGGUAGCGCUAAGUCUCGCUGUGAUAGUUUUCGUUUACUUCAAAGAUCUGCGCUGCCUGCGGAACACGAUUCACGCGAAUCUUUUCAUCACCUACAUACUGUCGGCCUUGCUGUGGAUUAUUAUCCUAACGCUGCAGCUUUCCACGGGCAACAGUACCGGCAUGACGAGUUGUGUUAUAUUCGUCACACUUCUACAUUACUUUACGUUAACGAAUUUCUUCUGGAUGCUUGUUGAGGGGCUCUAUCUGUACAUGCUCGUGGUGGAAACGUUUUCGGGUGAUAAUUUGCGCUUCAACAUGUAUGCCGCCAUCGGUUGGGGUGGUCCAGCCAUUUUCGUUAUGCUGUGGGCCAUCGCCAAAGGUAUCACCCUGUCCGGGCAGGGCAAAACGGACACGCUGGAAAUCGAAUGCUCCUGGAUGCGUGAGUCGGUCGUCGAUUGGAUCUUCCAGGGCCCGGUCUGUGCCGUACUGAUCAUUAAUCUCGUAUUUCUCAUACGAAUCAUGUGGGUGCUUAUCACAAAGCUGCGAUCGGCGAACACGGUCGAGACGCGCCAGUACCGGAAGGCAUCGAAGGCACUGCUGGUACUGAUACCGUUGCUGGGCAUUACGUACCUGGUUGUGUUGGCCGCACCCGCCGAAGGGGUCGUCAGUGACAUUUUCGCGAUUGCCCGUGCGUUGCUGCUGAGCACACAGGGUCUUUCCGUGUCCCUGUUCUACUGCUUCCUCAACUCGGAGGUACGGUUGGCGCUGCGGCAUCGGCUGGAGCGUUGGCGAGACGAGCGUAACAUUCGCCUCGGGCAGGUCCGGCAGCGAAGUCGACGCUUCACCAACUCGGGAUACAAUCAGUCGAAAGAAUGUUCGCCGAGGUCCCGUACGGAAAGCUUCCGACCCCUUACCUACAACAAGCGAGAAUCGUGCGCAUCGUCAGCGACGACCACAACCCUGCUAGGGCCGCACACCUACCCGAGUGCGAUGCGCGGUUCGAACGGUGCCCUGCACCUGCAAUCGGUAGUGCCCCGUGCAAUCAGUCCGCUGAUGCAGGGUUUAGAUGAAAAUUCCGUCUAGAGCGGGGGAAAAGAUUUACGGGCGCACGAACGGAUGCAGUAUCACCGGCGGGAGCAAGCAUCGCCGUCGAUGCUUGGUGGCAUCGAAUCGGUCAAACAACCAAACUGUGCAACGAUCCUUCCCCCACCCAGUCAGCUGCUGCAUUUUCCCUUUCGAUUGGCCUUUUGUGGCGAUAUAGAGUGGAGUUCCGGUUCAAGGGAACCUCGUGCAAAGCGGAGCUCGUGGAGCCUUCCCGUGGCACUACACUGGAAAUGGUGAUUUGUGUGUUAGUUCUUAAACUGUGUGAGUGAAUUGGCGGGAUUAAAAAGUAGCUAUAAAAUCGGACAGAAAGACACAUUUUAUCAUAAGAAGUUGUUAGACACUUACCCUAAGAAGACUUACUGUAAACCGUGAAACGUGUACUGUCCGUACUGUCGACUACAAGAAAGAGAGAGAGAGAGAUAAUUGAAAUAGAAUAUUGUAAUGGUUUUGUUUUUGGUUUGUAAGUAAAGUUUGAGAAAGUGAGAAAAAAAAUGUAAACAAAGUAAAGCUCUAUAUGUAGGUGUGCAACAAACUAAAAAAAGAGAAAAAUCUUACCAUGAACCGAACGAAGAAACCGUGAGAAGCAUCACGGUUACUGUUCGUAUACUCGCUGUAGUAAAAUUCACUUAUACAUAUUAUAUACAUACAUACAUACAUACAUAUAUUAUCAUAUACUGUAGUUGAAAUCUCAUGGCUCUUGUUUUUUCUCUCUUUUUGAGUAAAUAAAUUUAUUUAAAAAAUGUC